AUGUCGAAUUCAAGCGCGACUGUGGUGAACGAAUGGCCAGCGGCGAAGGUUCGCAGCACCUUUUUGGAUUUCUUCCGUGAAAAGGAGCACACGUUCGUGCCGUCGAGCUCAACUGUCCCUUACGAUGAUCCAACACUCCUUUUUGCCAAUGCUGGAAUGAACCAGUACAAAUCUAUAUUCUUGGGGACAGUGGAUCCAUCGUCCGAAUUUUCGAAACUACGUCGCGCUGUGAACUCGCAGAAAUGUAUUCGCGCAGGUGGUAAGCACAACGACUUGGAUGAUGUUGGUAAAGACACAUACCAUCACACAUUUUUCGAAAUGCUGGGCAACUGGAGUUUCGGUGACUAUUUCAAGGAGGAAGCUAUCAGUUUCGCUUGGAAACUUUUGACAGAAGUGUAUGGGUUGCCCAGCGACCGUCUUUAUGUAACCUAUUUCGAGGGAGACCCAAAGCAGGGCCUUGAACCUGACGUUGAAACACUCGAGAUCUGGCGAAAAGUCGGUGUGCCUGAUGAACGUAUUCUUAAGGGCAAUGCAAAAGACAACUUUUGGGAAAUGGGUGCAACUGGCCCCUGCGGUCCAUGCAGUGAGAUCCAUUUUGAUCGUGUAGGAGGCCGAAAUGCUGCAAGCCUUGUGAACAUGGACGACCCUGAUGUUAUUGAGGUGUGGAACAAUGUGUUUAUUCAAUUCAAUCGAGAGGAGGAUGGCUCACUUCGUCCCCUACCUGCACGCCACAUCGAUACAGGCAUGGGCUUUGAACGUCUUGUCUCCAUUUUGCAGGAUAAGCGGUCUAACUAUGAUACGGACGUUUUCAUGCCCCUGUUUUCCCGUAUUCAAGAACUAACUGGUGCCCGUCCUUACAGCGGCAAGCUUGGCGCUGAGGAUGUAGAUGGCCUCGACACUGCAUAUCGUGUGGUAGCUGACCACAUUCGAACGCUGACAUUUGCGAUUAGUGACGGUUGCAUUCCCGACAAAGAUGGUCGUGGCUACGUGUUGCGUCGUAUCUUGCGUCGUGGUACGCGCUUUGUCCGCAAGUACUUCCAGGUCCCGAUUGGUGCAUUUUUCUCCCAGUUAGUCCCUACGCUGGUUGAGCAGAUGGGCUCAUUUUUCCCUGAGAUCACGAGGAAAACCAAGGAGUUGCAGGCGAUCCUUAAUGAAGAGGAGCAAUCUUUCGCGCGUACUCUGGACCGGGGCGAGAAGUUGUUCGAACAGUACGCGAAUGCUGCACGCACCGAAGGACGCACGAAGUUGAGCGGUGCAGAUGUAUGGCGAUUGUACGACACGUAUGGUUUCCCGGUAGACCUGACUAGCAUCAUGGCAGAAGAGCAAGGCCUUACCUUUGACCAGGCUGAAUUUGAAAAGGCACAAGCUGAAAGCAAAGAGGCUAGCAAGGGUCAAGGCAAACAACAGGAGGCCCUUGCUGUUAAGCUUGAUGUGCAUGAUCUUGGCCACUUGGAUGCAGAUGCCUCCGUUCCUCAAACGAACGACGUAUUCAAGUACGACACACCGUCUAUGCAGGCUCAUGUGAAGGCGAUCUUCCAGGAACACAAAUUUGUGAGUGAUUCGAACUCGUUGGCAAAGGCGGGUGAACCAUUCGGCAUUCUUCUCGAUCAAACCAACAUGUAUGCUGAAAGCGGCGGUCAGCAGGCUGAUACGGGUAGUCUUGUGAUUGAUGGCAAAGCUGAGUUCGAGGUCUCCGACGUACAGGCGUCUAAUGGAUAUGUGUUGCACAUCGGCUUCCUCAAGUACGGUAAACUGAGUGUGGGCGACCAGGUUGUCGUCAGUUACGACGAAUCGCGACGCCGUCCCCUUCAAAAUAACCAUACAGGUACACACAUUUUAAACUUUGGACUACGAGAGAUUUUGGGUGACCAUGUGGAUCAGAAGGGCUCGUUGGUGGCACCUUCCAAGCUCCGCUUCGACUUCUCGCACAAGGCCCCGGUUAACGUGUCAGAGCUACAAAAGAUCGAGGACAUUAGCAACUCGUUUAUUGAGCGAGACGUGAGUGUAUAUGCCAAAGACAUGGUACUUGAGGAAGCAUACAAGAUUCCUGGUCUUCGUGCUGUAUUUGGUGAAUCUUAUCCGAACCCUGUGCGUGUCGUUGCUCUGGAAUUUGAUAUUGAUCAGAUGGCCAAGGAUCUAACGAACCCACGCUGGCGUCAAACCUCUAUCGAAUUUUGUGGUGGUACUCAUGUCAAGAAGACCGGUGAGAUUGGCCGUUUGGUUGUCACAGAAGAGAGCGGUAUUGCUAAAGGCAUUCGCCGCAUCGUCGCUGUGACCGGUGACGAGGCUGUGGCUGUGACCGCUACGGCAGACGAAGCAUCCAAGCGCCUCGACGAGAUUGAUCAAGUAUCAGAUGAUGUCGCUAAGGAGGCACAGCUGAAAGCUUUCAGUGUCGAGCUUGCACGCAUGGAUAUCAGCGUAGUUCGUAAAGAUGAACUCAAGGCACGCUUUACCAAGAUUCGUAAAGCUCUCGACACGCGUCUCAAGGCACGCGCUGCAGCAGAUGUAAAGGUGGCCCAGGAGGCAGUGCAAACGUAUUUCAACGAGAAUCCUGACGCGCGUGUUUACAUUGCCCAGCUCGACACAGGUGCCAACUCAAAAGCGUUGCAGUCGGGUGUCGCUGUCGCUCGAAAGCUAAACAAGUCUGUGUACCUGUUUGCUCGCGAGUCUGGCUCCGAAAAAACCAAGACGCUAUACGGCAACUUUGUGCCGAAAGAUGAGCUUGAGCGUGGCCUCGACGCUGUCUCGUGGAAUAAGGCUGUAUCGGAAAAACUACAAGGCCGGGGAGGCGGUAAACCCGAUGGAGCACAAGGCCAAGGCGAAGGGACGAAGGCCGACGUGGAUGAGGCAAUCAAGUUAGCUCAAUCUUUCUUCGACAUGCAGCUCAAAUAA